AUGAAUCAGGCAGAUAAGUCGAGAGGACCCCCUAGAGCUGCUGUUGCAAUGGCUAGGUUUCAAAGGACUAUGUCAGUAUGUGGUUUUAUUGACAUGGAAUUCGUAGGUAGCCGGUUUACUUGGUCUAAUCGAUAUACCAAAGAACGACUAGACCAGGGCUUUCAGAACACACAAUGGAGAAGUAAAUUCCCUUUCAGCCGGGUUAUCACUCUGAGCCCUAAUGAAUCGGACCAUUGCCCGCCCUUGAUCGAAGUAAGCGGGGCGAAUGCAGUAGAAGAUUUAGGGCAUAAGAUUAAAUGUGCUGGAAACAGGCUCAUGACUUGGCACCUUACUGAGUUUGAUAAACAGAAAGUGGAGAUGAGAAUCAUACAAGAGAAGAUCAACGACAUCAUGAAACAACCCUUCUCUCCUCAACAGUAUGAAGAGCAACUAACACUGCAUGUCAGCCAAUUGCUUACACAACAAGAGAAAUAUUGGAGGCAGCGUUCUCAGACAUUAUGGCUUCGUGAUGGGGACAGGAAUUCUGCAUUCUUUCAUCGAAGUUCAAACAAUAGGAAAAGUCGAAACACUAUAAAAGGACUAAGAGAUGAAGAUGGUGAAUGGCAAGCGGCACCAACUGAAAUCCAGCAUCUCCUUAUGAAUUACUUCAAGGAUGUUUUUUCCACUAAUAACAUUGACUUUGAGGCCGUUAGACUUGUUCUUGAAGCUACACCAAGAAAAGUGAUAUAG